AUGGCCAACAACAACAUACCUAGCCCUGAUCCCUUCGUCCUGGAACAACUGAUUGAAGAUUCCAGCCGCGAGGUGACGAAUCGCCGUCGGCAGGAAGGGUCGCAACGUGCUCUUGCCGGACAGAGAAGGCCGAGGCAUGAGACCUCGCAGCCCCAGAGGCAACAUGUGCACGGCCUUCAACAAGUCCAGAAUGUCGAACAAACCCAUCCUGAAGGACAAGUUCAAAACGGGGAAGACGGGCAGACCCGUCCCCAGACUGAACCAGAGCAGCUCCAAAUUGUGAAUGAAACUGAUACCAGAGACAGGCAACCCGCUUCCUCGUUCACCCACACCUCUGACAGACGAAGAAGCCGUAGCCCGGACGAGGAGGAACAAAUCAACAUUCCCGAGGGCGCUGAUCCAACCGCCAUCCUCCUACUCAAGGAGCUGCAGAGAACCAACCGCCUCAUCCGCCUGCAGGGCGACCGCAUCCACGACCUAGAAAGGAAGCGACGAUAUCGCUCCCCCCAGCGGAGACGCCAUCGGUCACGUUCCUAUUCCUCUUCGCGGUCUCCUCCGAGGAGAAAUCGCAAGCGCAGUCCGUCUAGGUCUCGUUCCCCCUCGAGAAGAAACCGACGCCAGCGGUCUUAUUCCCGCUCUCCACCUCGAAAGACUCGGAAGAAUCAGAAACCUGAAACUACUGAAGCCAGGAGUCUCUCACCCGAGCAGGAACACCGAGGCCCCUCCAAAGCUGUGCAGAAAAUCCGCGAGCACUCUCCAAAAGACAACCGCAAAGUCUCGGGCAAAAUACGCACUAAAUCCAAGCGGGGCAGACAUUCAAACUCCCCUGAACCUAGCGACGAAGAAGAUUUCCGCAGUCCCUUGUCCGAGCACAUCCGGCGAGUUCGUCUCCCUCGAGGGAUGGAAAAACCACCCGCCUUGGACCAGAAGGCAUUAAAAGCUCAGGCGCUGGCGGACUUCGUAGCAGAGAUGACCUCUAUCGCCGACUCGCCCGACAUGACUAAAGAUAAAUGGACCAUCUACGUGGAUGGCGCCUCGAGCAACUCGGAAAGCGGAGCAGGCAUUAUCUUGGAAAACGACGAAGGACUCAUCAUAGAAGUAUCUUUGGUCCUCUCUUUCAACACGUCGAACAACCAGGCCGAGUACGAAGCCCUCCUCGCAGGCCUGAGACUCGCCGAGGACCUAGGGGCGUGA